AUGAGGGCUUUUCUCAUUGUGCUGCUGGCCACGGUCCUGUGUGUCGAGCAAGCUUCUUCACUUUUUUGCUAUACAUGUGAAAAUGAGCAUUCCAACUGGAACUGUCUUAAAACAUACAAGUGUGAAGAUCAUGAGAAAUUCUGUACAACAACAUACAGCUCUGCUGGAUUAGGCAAGGACACAGGAUACCGCAUCACGAAGAAAUGCUCAGCGGACUGCCCUGAGACAAAUCUCAACUUUGGAGUGGCAGCCAUCUCCACCAAGUGCUGCGGUACCUCCCUGUGCAACUUCAGCGGAGCCAACAGCGUGAAGAUCAGCUACGCCGUGGUGCUCCUGGCAACUGUGGCCAGUUUCUUCUGUGUCAUCAGGGCAGGGUUGUGA